UAAACUUUACGCACGAGUUUUCGUCCAGAGCACACCAGCACUGAAAGAUCAGAGACGCAAGGCUAAAAGACACAAAAUUAUUUCUCAUCUGAUAUAAAUCUAGCCUGAAGAGAAGCUUACUUUGAAGAACUAACUCGGAAUACUAUCAUUUUUUUGUACUUUUUUUUUUAAUGCAAAAUGAACUUUCAGAAAGCAACAUUGUUUUUAUUUUGGAUGAUUCUGUGCAUGGACAUCUGUCUGAGCCAGAAAGACUGCACAGGUGUGGACUGUCCUACUCUGCAGAACUGUUUUCAAACAGUGUUAGAGAAGGGUGCCUGCUGUCCCACCUGUACACAGAGGGGCUGCACCUGUGAGGGUUACCAGUUCUACGACUGCAUCCAAGCAGGCUUCCGGGAAGGGAAAGUCCCAGAAGGGGAAUCUUACUUUGUGGAUUUCGGAAGCACUGAAUGCUCCUGUCCCCAGGGAGGAGGGAAGAUAAGCUGUCAUUUUAUUCCAUGCCCUGAAAUUUCCCCCAACUGCAUUGAAAUUUUACAACCUGCAGAUGGGUGCGCGCAAUGUGGGCGAAUUGGCUGUACCCAUGGCAGUAAAAAAUAUGAGGCAGGUCACUCCUUUCAGAUGGACCAGUGCAGGGUUUGCCACUGUCCUAAUGACGGUGGAAGGUUAAUGUGUUCACCGAUCCCAGGCUGUGACCUUCGUAGUGUUAAUAAGCCCACGUGGGUAACAACCAUUGAAAACAACAACCCUUUGAGAGACAUUAGCAGCCGUCAUGACCGCCAACAAACCAGUCCUGUAGAACCAUUUUCCAAGCUGGCAGUGGGAAACACUCUACCUCUGUAUAAGCAGGACCCACCCAAUUCUGGCACAGAGGAUUAUGACUAUACACUGGCAGAGCCUACGUCUUCCACAAUCCAAGAUGUGGCCCAACCACUGGAAUCUACUACAAUACCACCAGCUUACCCAGAGUCAAGCUCCACUUCCCUCAGCUCCCGUGAUGAAAGGAGACAUGAGCUGAGAGAAACACAAAAAAGCCCAAAUCCAGUGAGGGGCAGUGAGGAUGAGGUCACAUAUAACAUCGAUCCAACCAUUACAGGGGCCCAGAGCGAAAAAUCAACACUGGUAACAACUACAGCCACACAGAGAGAAACCAUAGAGAACCGCAGGCCGCAGCAGGAAUUUGGAGAAAGAACCAUUAGACAUAACAGUGACAGAAACAAAGUGGUGCAGGAUACUAUAAAAGAUACAGCCUACACUGUCCAUGACAGCAAGGCAGGUAGGCACUUUGGUCACCACAAACAUAAUCAGGGCGGUCGCACCGCGAAUCGUGGCGGCUCCCAUUCUGUCUAUCAUAAGGGGCAAGAAAAAAUCUCAGUGGAACCCAGGCAGACACUCGUUAAAGAAGAGCAGGGCUCCUACCCCACAGUCCAGUUCAGUCCCACCAACAGAGCCCCAGUCAGGAUGAGAGAGGAUGGUCAGCAGCUCCAAAGGCAGUCCCAGACUCGCUACAGCUACCAAUCUCAGGAUGCGGAGAGAGACACUGAAGUGUCUGCCAAGGAGCUGGUAAAGACCUGUUGUGAGACAGGGGAGAAAUGGGCUUCAGCUAAUGGUCACUGCAAUGACAUGGAGCCACCCACAAAAGAUAGACACUCCAUCUGCUGGACUGCCCAACAACAGUGCUGCCUUGGUUCACUGAGAGAAAGACGGUGUUUGUCUGGAAUUAAUGCAGCCAGAGCAGGAAGUGUGUGUGAAGAGGAUGCCAACGACAAAUGUGGGAUCGAUUCCUACAAGGAAUGCUGUGACUGCUGUUCACUAGGGCUGCAGCUUCGCAAUGAGGGGCAUCCCUGUGAAGCCCACCAGUACCUGGGCUACCACUGCAGACACGUCUUUCUGAACUGCUGUAAGGGGGAGGAAGCGAUGGCUGGUAAUCAAGACAGCUGGCACACUGUCAGAGAGAGGCCCGCCCUUGAUUCCAGCCCACCACCAAAAAAAGUAUCUGACAGCCCGUACCCUAAUGAGGCCUUCUCCAUUGGUGAAGAGAGGGAUGGGGAGAAUGCAGUGGAGGGUCCUGUUGAGGUGGAGGACGUGGAUGAGUGCCAGAUAGAUGAGGGCAACAUCUGCCAUCACAAAUGUAUAAACACGCCAGGCUCUUACCGGUGUGAGUGCUUCCCUGGAUACGUGCUGCAAGAGGACGCUAUCACUUGUACACAAGAGACAGUGGACGAGGACAACAAACUGAAGGAGAAUGACAGAGCAGCACUUCUGUUUCCCUCCCAGCCCCCUGUCCCAGUCAACCCCUGUGAAGGAAACAGCCCCUGUGAGCAACAGUGCACCCCGGUGGGCGGAAGGCCACAGUGCUCCUGCUAUCCAGGAUUCUCUCUCAGAGCUGAUGGACGCUCAUGUGAAGACAUAAAUGAGUGUUUGUCCUCGCAUGCCUGCCAGUUGAAUGAGCGCUGUGUGAAUACUGCAGGGAGUUAUAACUGUCAGAGACUGAUCACCUGUCCCCCAGGAUACCAGAUCAACAACGACAUUUGUGAAGAUAUCAAUGAGUGUGUGCAGAGAAGGCAUAACUGUGGGGUUGGCUUUGAGUGUGUGAACACCGAGGGCUCGUUCAGGUGCAACCCCAAACCUCUCUGUCCUGUCGGCUUUACCCAGGAUGCACAGGGCAACUGUAUUGACAUUGAUGAGUGUGGUGCUUUGGCCCAGCCAUGUAGCCCAGGAUUUAACUGCCUCAACACAGCAGGAUCCUUCAUGUGCCAGAGGAAGAUAAUAUGUAGCCGUGGCUAUCAUGCCAGUCCUGAUGGAUCCAGAUGUGUUGAUGUGGAUGAGUGUCAGAGCAGCCUGCAUCGAUGUGGAGAGGGCCAGCUGUGCCACAAUCUGCCUGGUUCCUAUCGUUGUGAAUGUCAGACAGGCUAUCAGUAUGACUCAUUCAGGAGGAUGUGUGUAGAUAUAAACGAAUGUUGGCGCUACCCAAGCCGUCUGUGUGCUCAGACCUGUGAGAACACCCCAGGCUCCUAUGAAUGUUCAUGCACCUCUGGUUUCCGCUUAUCCAGCGAUGGCAAGAACUGUGAAGAUGUGAAUGAGUGUUUGGCCAGCCCAUGCAGUCAGGAGUGUGCCAACAUCUAUGGUUCCUACCAGUGCUACUGCAGACAGGGCUACUACCUCAGGGAGGAUGGGCACACCUGUGAAGACAUCGAUGAGUGUUCCCAGAGCAUUGGCCACCUCUGCACCUAUAAGUGUGUGAACGUUCCUGGCAGUUACCAGUGUGCUUGUCCUGAAUAUGGCUACACCAUGUCUCCAAAUGGACGCUCUUGCCGAGAUAUCGAUGAGUGUGCCACAGGGGCCCAUAACUGCUCUCUAGCUGAGACGUGCUAUAACAUCCAAGGAGGAUACCGCUGCCUUUCCCUCAGCUGUCCACCGAACUACCGCAAAGUGUCUGACACGCGCUGUGAGCGGAUCAGUUGUCCCAACUACCUUGAGUGUCAGAACUCUCCUCUGAGAAUCACCUACUACUACCUCAGCUUCCAGUCCAACAUCGUCAUCCCUGCUCAGAUCUUCCGCAUCGGACCCUCCCCUGCCUACUCCGGAGAUAACGUUAUUGUCAGCAUCACACAGGGAAAUGAGGAAAACUACUUCAGCACCAGGAAGCUGAAUGCCUACACCGGUGCUGUGUACUUGCACCGGCAGGUUGAGGGUCCGAGGGAUUUCCUCAUUAACAUAGAGAUGAAGCUUUGGAGACAGGGGACGUUUACCACUUUCCAGGCCAGGAUCUACGUCUUCAUCACUGCCAGCCCACUCUAACAGCUGGACCCGAUCAGUGGCCACUAUGGACCUUAAUACAGCUCACAAGGACUUUUCAUAUCACUAUUUAACAUUGUCACAAGAUAUACCACUGUCUGUAAUGAUUGGCUUGAGCAGUUAAUCUUACUUACAUCCAUUUGAAAUGAAUAUUAAACCAGUGCUGUAACAGUAUGAGAAUGAAACUGUCUGCUUUGUUUCAGUUUUCAUUGCGCUUAUAUGAAAACCUUGUAAUUUUUUUUUCAUUUCACACUUGAAUUGCAAAUCAUCAUGUCAUUAAUUUCCUUUCACUGAGAAGACCCUUUCAAAAACACAUUCUUUAUUUUCAAAAAUUGAUUGAAAUUUCAGUCUGAAAUAAUGCACACAGAGAUCCAAAGAUUUUGAUAAUACUACAAGAAUUAAAUUUGUUGCCAUUCCACUGAUUAUCUUAACCAGAUGUGAGUAGAACCUAAAAAUGAUAACGGACAACCUCUAGCUUCUGCCAGCUUUUUUUUUUUAAACAUCUAUCUCAUUUUUCUGCUCGUACCAUCCUGCUCAUAUCAUUAUUUGAUAACUAUUGUGAAAGCAAGAGAAAUUGUUUUGUAAGAGUGUCCUUUACAGUGCAUAAACAGCUUUUCUUUUUUCUUUCACCCUGCGCUGCUGUUUUUGUUUUGUCUUUGAAGUAUUUUAAAACCUAAUUUAAUAUUACUCUAUAUGGCGUAUUUUUAUAUCCCUGUAAUCGGACACAUUAAAGGUGGAUGUACCAUAUUUUUUAAGCUAGAUUCAUAAGCUGCUAAUAAUUUGAGUAAAAUACAUAAAAAAAAAAACAAUGUGGUUUUGUGAGUAUUGGCCAAUUGUAUUUAUUGAGAGGAAUAUUGUUUAUUGAGGAGUUUGUGGUGUGUGUGCUUUUGUUUUACAAUCAUUCCUCAGCAAUUUUCACUUGACAAACUUGUCAUGCACCAGUGUUUGCUAAUACACUGUAAAUGGUGAACAUUAUUCCUCAGUGAAGUUGUUAAAGUAUAUAAUCCAAUAAUCCAUUCUUGUCAGGACAUGUCACACAGUAAAUAUCCGAGACUAUUUACAUACCUCUUCGCACCUUGCUCCUGAACUCAACAUGAGCGUCAUCUAGUUUGACGCAUGCACAUUUUGUGAUGGCCAAUAAAAGCAAGGAUCAUGUCGUGUUUGAUAUCCGAAAUAAAAUUAUUAUGGUCUUCAUAUA